UUUUAAAAAGUACGUACAAAAUGUUACAAAGAUUAGUUCAUGUAACUUUAAAUGUUAAAGUAUGUAAUAGACAUAAUCCAUUACUACUUGGAAUACCCUUUCGGAGUCAAGCAAGACAUCACUGUGGAUUCAGGUUAUACUCUAGUCACAAAGUUUCAGCCUUACGAAACUAUUAUGAAAGGACUGCAAUAAGAGGAAGCGGAUUAAUGUCCUUAAAGUCCAGAUUUUAUAGUAGCCAGGUUGAUACACAAAGAAAAAAUGCUCAACUUGAAAGCGUUCAUUUAAAAACUACGAUAGGUACAUCCAAGAAAGUCGAUUUGAAAUCUAAGACUUCAGAAGUGAAACGUUUAUUUUCUCUGGCUGCUCCUGAAAAAUGGACGUUAACUGGUGCUAUCGGUUUCCUGAUUGUGUCAUCGAGUGUGACAAUAGCUGUUCCAUUUUCCUUGGGGAAAGUUUUAGAUAUAAUUUAUAGUAGUACAAAUGACCUUGGUGCAACCACAGAGAGACUUGAUAGUUUAUGUUUAAUGUUAUGUGGUGUAUUUCUUCUUGGUGGCUUAUGUAAUUUUGGAAGGGUAUACUUAAUGUCAAUAUCAGGCCAGAGGAUGACGCAAGCACUGCGCAAACAAGCAUAUGCUGCAAUAAUGCGUCAGGAGCCGGCCUGGUUCCAUAGGACAUCGACUGGGGAGCUAGUCAACCGUUUGUCUGCAGACACACAGCUGGUGGGGAGGAACCUAAGUCAGAAUGUCAGUGAUGGCCUACGAUCAUUAUUGAUGACGGUAGCUGGCGCUGGAAUGAUGUUUUACAUGUCCCCUUCGUUGGCCUUUAUCGGUUUGUGUGUAGUGCCGCCUGUGUCGAUGUUAGCUGUGAUAUACGGCAGGUUCGUACGCAGCAUCACAAGACAACUGCAGACAACUCUUGCUGACACUAGUGAGUUAGCCGAAGAGAAGAUUUCAAAUAUAAAAACAGUAAAAGCGUUCAGUAAAGAGGCGAAGGAAUGCGAAUCUUACGCUCAAAGGAUAGAAACUGUAUUGAAAUUAGCGUACAAGGAAUCCUUGGCAGUUGGAAGUUUCUAUGGAAUGACAGGACUUGCUGGGAAUACGAUAAUAUUAUUAGUGUUGUACUAUGGCGGUGGUAUGGUGGCUACGGAACAGCUAACAGUAGGCCAUCUGACAUCGUUCUUGCUCUAUGCAGCAUACGUUGGCAUCAGUAUAGGAGGUCUGAGUGGAUUCUAUACUGAAUUGAACAAAGGUCUAGGCGCCGCGACACGACUGUGGGAGAUAAUGGACAGGAAACCUUUGAUUCCUUCAAUAGGUGGCCUCCGACCAGAGACAAGACCGAAGGGUGAAAUAGUAUUAGAGAAUGUGACAUUUUCUUAUCAAGGAGCUCCUUUAAUUAGAGGAAUGAAUUUACAUCUGACGCCAGGCAAGUCGAUAGCCCUAGUGGGUAGGUCUGGUUGUGGCAAGAGUACUAUAGCUUCGCUUAUUUUGAGGUUAUACGAUCCUGAAGAAGGCCGGAUAUUGUUGGACGGUGUUGAUAUAAGACAUUUGGAUCCUGUCUGGUUGAGAAGCCAUAUUGGUUACGUGAGUCAGGAACCAGUUCUGUUCAGUGGGUCAAUAAAAGAUAAUAUAAUGUACGGCGCGCUCGAUGAUCGCGAGGAGAUGAUAGAGAUUAACGGUAAGAUGGAGCCAGCGUGGCUGGUGGCGGCACGCACUGCGCAGCUGCAGGAUUUGGGCGCGUCGCGAGCUGGCUGGCGGCGGGAGGUGGGCGCGGGCGGCUCACAUCUCAGCGGCGGACAGAAGCAACGUGUCGCCAUCGCACGCGCCAUCGUCAAGAAUCCAAAAAUUUUAAUACUCGACGAAGCUACGUCAGCUUUGGACGCUUAUUCUGAAUUCCUAGUCGACAAGGCGCUUAAAGAUAUAAGCAAAGAUCGCACUGUACUCACUAUAGCUCAUAGAUUGAGCACCAUACAGUCCGCUGAUGAAGUGGCCGUUGUUGACAACGGAUGUAUUGUAGAACAAGGAACUUACACAGAUUUAAUGUCGAAAGAAAAUGGCGUCUUCAAAGAACUCAUCACUCAUCAAACAUUCGCCUCAAAGUCUAGAGAGAAAAACGAAAUACAAAAUCAAUGACGGUAACAUCAAUUUUAGGCCAUGACAUUGUUGUUUGUUAGAAAAUUUUAUUAUUUAUUUUUUAUG